AUGGAUGGCGGAGCAGCUGCGGGUGGGGACUGCGCUCCACGGGAGAAUGGCAUGACAGCCACCAGUGGAGCGGCACCAGCUGCCCGUCUGCUCGCAGCAAAGCGAAAAUCCACCAAGACCGCUCAGCCGGCAGCUGUCGCUUCUCGCCCUCCCACAGUUCCCAGUGGUGCUUCCAAGGCGUUCAACAAUGGCCCAGCUAAGAAGCCGAACGUCUCUCAGACCAAGCCCCUGACCCCUAAGAACACCGGCGUUAGCAACACAUCUGGGAGAGCGGCUGUGAAAAAGGCAGCAGGGGAGAAACCCAGUGGAGUGAAGGCUUUGGAAAAACUGGUCCCGAACAAGGAAGGACAACAAAAAACUGCAAAAGGAACAUCGCAGCUUGCAGUCUGGACAUCUAUUUGUUCUUUUUCCCUAGCCCCAAAGUCAACUACCACAAAGUCCAAGAAAGCUGAACAGCCUAAGCCUACCAGGACUUGGUUGCCGGGGACUAAGAAUGCAACUUCUUCAUCCGUCCUUAGCAGAGCGCUGGUCAAUGACAAAGGCAAACCUAAGCAGACAUUGCCACCUGCUGGUCAGUCGGCAGUGGUGCAGCAGCAGAAAAGCACCCUGGCCACCCAAAGAGAUCCUACCAGAGCCACCACCGCUCCCAAGGCCAAGCUUCCAAGCACCAACCCUGCCGUGAAAAAGUUACCUGCUGCCAAACCUCCCAAGCUUGCAAAUUCCAAAUUGCAAUCCGAGCCCAGCCUUGGACAGAAGUACGCGAUCGGGCCAACGAACGCCAGGCUUGUGGAGAAGAAGCUUUCAGAGGCACCGAAGCCCAGAACGCCUAUCAGGGCAACUGCUGGGAGUACCCGUCCGGCAACACCACACAGAGCCCCUGUGCCCAAGGUGGUGGCUGCAGGGAGCAGUCCGGGCAAGAAACUUCUGAAGAAAGAUGGCCUUCCAAGCCAAGAGCAAGCUGCUACUCCCAAAAAGCUUCAGAAGGCAACUGAUGAAUGGAAUGCCAAGCCGGCCAUUGGUGAAAAAGAAAGUGCGCCCAUCGAGGAUGGAAGGCCUAUGGAACUGGUGCCUACGACAGAGGUAGAGGCCGGUGCCCGGCUUCUCUUGAAUGAACCUGUUGCCAGCAGACUAGAAGCUCAAGAGACAGAGCGAAGCGUACCAACGGACGAGGGAGGGAGGGAGGAGGAGGCUGGGUGUCUGGGCGUUGCGGUUCCCCAAGUGUCAACUCCAGUACUGGAAGAAGCAGCUCUUGUCUUUUCUAGUCCGCAAGAUGUGGAGGUCUCUUCUCCCAGCGGAAGGCCUGACUUGCCUGUCUCUGAGAUCUCAGAGCUGCCGGAAGAAGCACCGAAUUCGCACGCAGACCCACUCUGCCAACUAUCUUCUCCUACUCGCUCGGCACUUGGUCCCCAGACCCCACCAUCAGAACCUGUGUAUCCUAGUGGGGAAGGCACAGACUUCCGGGACUUGAAGGAACAAGCACUUCCACGCUCAGAUACUCCCGUGACCGCUGAGCUGCUGUACCCAUUGCUUGAACCUGCCUUGUCUUGUGAAGAUGUCUGUCACCUAUCGACAUCCUCCCUAGACGAAGACUCCCAGAUACUGGUUAAAGAGGAGGCCACUGUGCCAAGUUGUGUCAGUGGACUUCCUUCUCCUUGCUCCUUGGUUGGGUUUGCUGAAGAGGUCCAACCUGUGAAGCUGCCAGGGCUGAUGGCAGGGAUGCAGGAGGAGUCUGCCUUUCAGGUGGAACAGUCCCCCUCAGGCAGCCAGGUAGAUUCUCCUUUGGGAAUUACGGUUGAGCCUCAGAGAGCGGAGGAUGGGGAAGGACAUUAUGUCUUUGGCCAAGUGGCUGAGGCAGCCGCCCGGCCUCAUAGUGAAGAGGAGUGGCAGAGGGGGGUGUCUCCUGUGGAGGUGGAGGAUGAGAGAUUAAGGAUGAGCCCGCUAGACUUUGAAGUGAAGUUAUCUUUGAGUACUGAAGGUGCUCAGGGGUUAGCCACUCCCCCUCAGGCAGAAGAGCCUAACCGAGCUGUCGUUCGUGCUGAAGACGAGCUGGGGGAAGCCCUACCUAUAGGAGACCAUCCAGGCACCGGGAAGGCUGUUCUGGACCAGCCCCCUCUCCCUUUGCCUGCCGACGCUGGGGUCUUGCUCCCUGCUGAGUUAAUGGGAGAUGCUGAUGCAGGCCGUGGUGAUGCGUCCGGCCCUGUGGGAGAACAUUCUUGCGUUGGAGGCCCUGGGGGGGAUGCCAUGGCUGAAGUGUGUCUCAGCAGCCAGAAACAAGAGGAUGCACCCAAGUGCAAAGACCUCGAUCUUUUGGCCCGUCUCGUGGGAGAGAUGUCGCCCGGUGGUGGCCUUGGCCAGGUGUUGAUGCCCAAACCUCAGACUCUGCCCUUGAAGAGCCUAGAGCUCUUGCAGGAGCCCCCCACCCGGCUCCCCGAAGCCCCGGAGCCGCUGUCGAGCGACGCAGCGCUGAAGGGCCACUCCCCCGAAAGAGGGGGCUCCUCCUCCAAGUCCAGCACCUUGAGCGGCCCCGAUCUGGCUGGCAAGAGCAGCAGCGAGACCAGCACACCCGAGGAGCUGCGGGACUACGACAGCAGCUCGGGAGUGGAGUCCAGGUCCGACGAGAAGCUGGAGCAGACCUGCCACCAGCUGCUCAUCCCCCUGGAGGACCUGCCGGGCGAGCUGGACCUGGGCAUCCACAUGGAGAAAGGGGACGAUGAGGCCGAGACCCUGCCGGCCGAUGAGAUCCUCGGCGACCCGCCCACCGAGCCGACAGUGUCCUCAGAGGAAGAAGGGGAGCUGGACGCGGACCUCCUGAAGGACCCGGGCUUCGCGGAAACGGUGUGCCUGUCCCGGUCUCCGCCUGGCAAGCCCUCCUUGCCCCACUCGGUGGAGGAGUCCGACGAGCUGGGCUCCGGCGACGCCGGCACAGAGACCCCGGCUUCGACCAAUUCGGCGGCCUCUUGCGACGUCUUCGGUGCCUUCCACCUCCACUCUACUGACAGUUGCGGCAAGAGCCCCGGCCUUUCUUCCCUGGAGAGUGAGGAGCAUUCCACGGAGGGCAGCAAGGAACCUCUCCCGAAAGAGUCCCAUAGCAAGACUCCUGUGGAUUGGGAGCACCCGGCGCCAGCCACACCGGCUUCCCUGAAGGGCAGAGGGCAGGACGAAGAGUCAGGCCUGCCUUUGACUGCCCCUCAUAACCUGGCUGCAGGUGACAAUGGGGCAGGUUUGCCCUUCCCCUGGGGACCAUGUCCAUCAGAGAUCCUCUCCACUAUCUACGAGGUAGAGAGUGGUGCUGAGACGCCCGGCCUGGACGAAGAGGAUGGGAGUCGCUGCUCGUGCGCCGCCUCUCAGGAGCAGGGCCUUCACCUAGGAAGCAUCCAGGCUACGGUUGUGCAGCAGCUGAUCAGCCGGACGCUGCUUUUCUCAGCAGAGGCACCCUCGGGUGCCAUUGGUGGGAAGGGGCCCGUGAGCACCGACGCCGAGAUUAGCAAAUGGACAGAACUGAUCUCCCCUCUGGAUGAAUCACGGGCCAGCAUCACCUCAGUGACGAGCUUCUCCCCCGAGGACAUGUCAUCCCCCCACGGGGACUGGACUGUGGUAGAGGUAGAGACCUUUCACUGACUUCUCCCUGAAUUUAAUCUUGUGGCCAUUUUGUUUU